UGUAAAGAAAUACAAAAGCAUCACUGUUGAAAAACACUGAAUCCAAGAACUACUUGAUAAGUUAACAUAAACUGUGAUAAUGUCUUUCAUGGAAACAAAGCUUACACAAAAUACUUUACCUUCCCAGGUUUUUCAGUUCUUGAAUGCAAAAUGUGAGUCUGCGUUCCUUUCCAAGAGAAACCCCCGUCAGAUCAAUUGGACUGUUCUGUAUAGGCGUAAGCACAAGAAAGGACAGUCAGAAGAGAUACAAAAGAAGCGCACGCGCCGUGCUGUUAAGUUUCAGAGAGCUAUCACUGGUGCAUCUUUAGCUGAGAUUAUGGCUAAACGAAAUCAGAAGCCCGAAGUACGAAAGGCACAGAGGGAACAGGCUAUUAGGGCUGCAAAAGAAGCCAAGAAAGCUAAGCAGGCAACCAAGAAAACAGCUGUUUCUGCUGCAAAGGCUCCUACAAAGGCAGCACCCAAGCAGAAGAUUGUGAAACCAGUCAAGGUUUCUGCUCCUCGUGUUGGUGGAAAGCGCUAACUUGCCAAACUGUUAGUCGUGCUGAAUAAACAUCUGACUAACUUUCA